GUUACAUUUGACGUUUCGUGAGUGACAACCACUCAGCAUAAUUAUUUGUUGUAUGGUUUUAUAAUAUUAACGGCCAUAAUGAGUGAAAUCGAAGUUGAAAAAACCGAGAGGGUUUACGGGGGUUGCGAGGGUCCGGAUGCCAUGUACGUAAAGCUGAUUUCGUCAGAUGGACACGAGUUUAUUGUAAAGAGGGAACACGCGCUUACUUCGGGCACUAUUAAGGCUAUGCUGAGUGGACCUGGACAAUUUGCUGAAAAUGAAGCUAAUGAAGUAAACUUUAGGGAAAUUCCAUCUCACGUAUUACAAAAAGUCUGUAUGUAUUUUACAUACAAAGUUAGAUAUACUAACAGUUCGACUGAAAUUCCGGAAUUUCCAAUUGCCCCGGAAAUCGCUUUGGAACUACUGAUGGCAGCUAAUUUCCUAGAUUGUUAAUUUAUUUACAUGGCAUAUUUUGAAAGGUGAUUCGUAUACCAAUUUCAAAAAAAAAAAAAAUACUAACAACUAGCACUAAGUCCCUUUGUGCUCUUAAAUAAUCAUUCAGUCAUAUUUAACUUAAGAUUAUUUAUUAGACACGCUUAUGAUAACAAAUACUAUAAUAACAGAAUAGGUGAAAAAUAUUUCGAGUCUCAUUUCCACAUUAUUUUUUUAAAGAAUAUUUAAAUAUUGAUUUUAUGAAUAGAACUUUGUAUGAGUAUACUUUGUGUGUAUAUAUAGGGUCAUAUCAUUUUUUUUUCAUAUUUUUUGCGUUAAAAAGGGUAAACAAAAAUUGUAGGCAAGUUUAACUGAAUAAAAUACUACUAGAAUAUUAA